CUCCCACACCGGAAGAGGAAGUCUUAGGUGCCAGAAGUGGUGGGCAUGCUGGGUAAUGAGCUGUUUACUUCCGGUGGGGCAGGAAGCUGUAGCCCUAUUCCUGGUUGUUGUUGGUCCUGUCGGAGAAGAUGGCUCUGGAGACUGUGCCCAAGGACUUGCGGCAUCUGCGGGCUUGUUUGUUGUGUUCGCUGGUCAAGACCAUAGACCAGUUUGAAUAUGACGGUUGUGACAAUUGUGAUGCAUACUUACAGAUGAAGGGUAACCGAGAGAUGGUAUAUGAUUGCACCAGCUCUUCCUUUGAUGGAAUCAUUGCGAUGAUGAGUCCAGAGGACAGCUGGGUUUCCAAGUGGCAGCGAGUCAGUAACUUUAAGCCAGGUGUGUAUGCGGUGUCAGUCACUGGUCGCCUGCCCCAAGGAAUCGUGCGGGAGCUGAAAAGUCGAGGAGUGGCCUACAAAUCCAGAGACACAGCUAUAAAGACCUAGCAAGAUGCAGGGCUGCCAGCAUCUUUGCUCUCCAUUUCCUGCCUCUGCUUAUUUUUGCCAUGAAACUAAAUGGGCAGAACUUGAAAUACUCCCCACCCUUCAACUCUGAUACUUAGCAGUCUAUUGAGAGAGCAGCACAUCAUGCCCCUGAGCUGUUUUAUCUUUGGACUACUGAUAGAGGUGGGAGGUAUUUGGGUUGGUGGAUUAACAAGAGAGUGAAUUGAGGGAAGAGUAGGAUGCUGGUUUUCCUACCCACAGCCCAGGGCUAUACCCUUGCCCACCGGUAGAACUCUGGGUCAAAUGCCAAUAAAUGUGAAGCUCUAGAACAUUAUUAAGGCCAU